UACAGUCAGCAGUAGUAGAGCUCAAUCAUCAUCAUCAUCUCUCCCCCCGAUCGCUUUUCUCUUUCUAAGCUCCUCCUCCUCCUCCUCCUCCCCUUCUCUUCCUCCGAUAAAAAAAAGUACGCGCUCUAUUUCCUCCAAAACCCUAACCCCAAAUCUAAUCACCUGUUAAGGGAGGACUGAGGUGGGUUAUAGGCGCUAGCUGUUUGAUGUUUCAUCCAUGGACAUAUCCACCACCGCCGCCGCCGCCGCCAGUGUGAAGACACCCGAGGCUGAGACCGAAGCGCCCACUCGGAUCCAACCCAGCAAGCCUCUGCCCCUCACCAACGGCGUGCUCAAGCGCCACCAGCCUUACCACCACCUCAACGGCCCGCCUCCCCUCGUAAUUACUUACAAGGAAUGUCUGAAGAACCACGCCGCCAGUCUUGGCCGCCACGCCGUCGACGGCUGCGGCGAGUUCAUGCCUUCCCCCACCGCUAACCCCAACGACCCGACUUCUAUAAAAUGCGCCGCCUGCGGCUGCCACCGCAACUUCCACCGCCGCGAGCCCGAUGAGCAGCCUCCUCCUUCCGCUGCCGCCGCGGCCCAGCACUUUAUCGAGUACCAGCCACAUCACCGCCACCACCCGCCUCCUCCGCCGCCGUGCGGAGGCCACAGCAGCCCGAAUUCAGCAUCUCCGCCGCCGAUCUCUUCGUCCUACUACCCCUCCGCGCCCCACAUGCUCCUGGCCCUAAGCGCCGGUUUGGCGGGCCCACUGCCGGAAAAUAACCCGUCCAUCGUGACGCCCACUGGCACGGCAGUGGCCCUGACCCCCAACACGGCCAGCCGGAAGCGUUUCAGAACGAAAUUCACCCAGGAUCAGAAGGACAGGAUGUACGAAUUGGCGGAGAGAGUGGGAUGGAAGAUGCAGAAGAAAGACGAGGUGUUGGUGUCCGACUUCUGCAGCGAUCUCGGCGUGGACAAAGGCGUGUUCAAGGUUUGGAUGCACAACAACAAGAACACUUACGGUAAGAGAGAUUCGAACCUCGACGCCGCCGGCAACAGCAAUGGUAUUGAUCCUGUUUUUGGAAUUGAUAUUGGGGGCACGAAUAAUCUUGAAAGCAACAAUGACGAUAACAACAACGGCCACAACUAUCCUGAAAACCUUAGUAACCACCGAAACAACGAUAGUGUUAGUGCACUUGUAGUUGCAACUAAUGGGUCUUCUUCUUCUUCUUGAUCUGGAGGAUAAAAUAAGCAUCUGCAGAUAGUAGCACCGGAGAGAGUGGCCCCUUUUAGUUUCUUUCUCAUUAAUUUGUUUUUGAUCUUGCUUAAUUAGUUAAUCAAUGACAAGUGAUCCAUCACCUCGUUGAAGACAAGGCAACAAUAUUGGAGAGACUGCUCCUUAGGAUUUUACUUUGUUAAUGUCAUAUACCGUUUAAUAUUGCAUUUCCCUUAAUUU